GCGGCUAGACAUGACCGCCGCGACACUCGCCGUCGGCCUCCUGCUCACCUGUCACAGGGCAGCUGGUGUAUCAGAGUCACCCGUCGCACCCAUUUCGUUUGACGAGCUCCCCACCGAACAUGUGACCGACGUGGAUGAAGUCAUCCCUGCGGAUUACGACAAGACGGCAUUCCCUUUCACACCGGGAAGCGUUAUUAUGCGCUGCUUCCUACGCUUCAGCGUCGAGGAUAUCUUAGAAAUAGACGAAGCCAAAGGGGUGGUACGUUACCAGGUCUACAUGAGCGUACUCUGGCCUGACCGGCGGCUGACCCUGCCAGAGCUGAGCAACGACACCAAGAGCAUCACGCUGAACCCGACCCUGGUUCGAAAGCUCUGGAUGCCUGACCUCAUGAUCUACAAGCUGGAGGACAUGGAGGCGGUCAGGAUGCUACGCAAGCUUGGCUCCCUGAGACUGCUCCGGAACGGCUAUGUGCGAUAUGGGCUCUAG